AUGAUUCUGCGGUGGAGCUCAAGCUUCUGGAAGGUCACACACGUUGGUGUCGUGCUCCUGUCAUUGAGGCUGGUGGUCAUGACAGUGGGCUAUUCCAUCCCCAUUCGCAUUGAGGCUUUUGGUGAGUGCGAACUGCUGUUCGUGGACCGCCAGGCCAUACGUCACAAUCGCUCGCCACACAUAUGCGUGCUGGUCGGGACGGGGCUUCUCACUCUGGGUGGGGUUCUGAUGGCAGGUGGAAUCCUGAUGUCUAACUUCUCCACAACUCCCACAAAACAGGAAGACUCCAAAGGAGAACGAAAGGGGGGAACCAGAGUCCCGAGUGCAAUGAGAAGCCCAGCAGACCCUGUAGUGAAGCCUCCCAGCCCGGUCUCUAGUGACGGAGGACUAUCUCCUCUCGCUAGGGACAAUAAAGUUCAGCAGUGCUCGUAA